GUCACACUGAACAUUACAGGCUUCCGGAUCCCCUUUAUGCUAAUAGAUAUCGUAAUCAAUUCUCACCAGAUCAAUGUAACUUCGCAAGGAAUGAUAAUAACGUUGAUGAAACACAUCUCUUUGUGCCACCUUGUUUACAUUUGCCCCAUCUUAUGUUUCACACAUGAAUAAUCCUGAUUUCAACAUCAGUAAUAAUAAUAAUAAUACUAACAAACAUGGAUCUCAGGGUGUUGUAGAGAAAGUAAUGCUUCGUCUCGUUAAGUAUUUUGAGAAGCCACAGAACAAUGCACCACAUGAACACACCAAUUGUAAUUACCUACACAGUGAUUCAACACUUGAAGAACGUCCACUUAUUUCUGAUCAUGAUGAGUAUGGUGGUGAUCAUGUUUAUUCCACUGCAGCAACAGCAGCAGGUGCAUCAACAUCAUCACCAACUACAGAAGACGGUGCGGAUUCAACAGCUUCUACUUUUAUUAAUCCAACCGAAGUAGAAAGUUGGAUGCGUCGUCGAUUGUAUUAUCAUUUUAUGACACCUAUUGGUAAAUUUCAUGCUAAACGACGUAUUCCAUUCAAACUGUUCGUUCAGAUUCUCAAGGUGUUAUUAGUUACAAUCCAGUUAAUUGAAUUUGGAUUUUAUCGGGCAGCUCAUGUAUCUUUUGGUGAUGUAUCACAUAAAGCAUUUUGUCAUCUAUACUUACGUCAAUGGGAUUCACAAUAUGAAACAUUAGAUUAUCCACCAGCAACUGGUGAUUAUGCUGUAUACACAAUAAAUGAUUUUUAUGAACACGUUGGUUAUACUAUCACCCAGUUCAAUAAAACAAAAGAAUUGGCCAUUGGUGGUUAUAUGUUUGAUUCAUUGAAUCCAACGAUGAAAUUAUGUAUGAGAUAUGUAUCUCCUACUACAGAUGAGGAUAAACAUCCUAUGCUCAGUGUAUCAUAUAUACGUGAAUCAGAAAAAUGUACAUCUAUUGAAGUGAAUAAAAUCAAUUCUGAACAAUUAGCUAAUGAAAAUUUAAUAAAAACAUUUUUACAGGAUCAUCAAUUGGAUAUUGAUUUUAAUUAUUUACUUGGAUUUGAUAUUUAUUUCAAUCUGUUAUCUCCACCAAUUUAUCAGUUGGAUUGGACACAAAGCACUGAAUGUUAUCGUUUUAUGAUUAAGAUAUCUUUAGAGAAUCCUUCCCAAUCAGGUCAAAUGAAAAUUAUCCUACGUGCACCAUAUGCAUCCACUCCAUGUAUUGAUAUUUCAAAACAAUUACAUAAUAAUCAUACAUUUGAUCAUAAUAUAUCUAUAAUAUAUUCAUCCUCAUCAUCGUCAUCCUCCUCCUCCUCCUCCUCUUCAUCAUCAUCAUCAUCGUCGUCAUCUUCUUCUUCUUCAACGACUACUUCAUCAUUAUCAUCGACUACAACUGAACAAUAUAAUAAUGAGAAAAAGUAUAAAUUAUUAAUUCAAUUUUGGAAUUCAACAAUGAAUAAAUCUAUUGAAAUUAAAUAUUUAUUCUCGCAUAGAUUAUUAGUUAUAAUGAUUGAUAGUUUUACAUUAAUUCUUAGUAUCAUUUCAUGUAUUCUAUGUAUACGAUCUAUUAUACAAGGAUUUCAUAUGUGGAUUGAGACUGUUGGAUUCUUUAAGAAUUGGUUUGGAAUUCAGUUGAAUGGAGUGUUUUGGGAAUUUGUUCGUCCAUGGAUCUUAUUUAUUAUAGUCAAUGAUUUGGUUAUCAUCACUACAUCAAUAUAUGCAUUGAGUACAUUGAAUCAUAUUCAAGUGAAAUACGAACCAUUGACUUAUUUAAUGGGUAUUGGUGCACUACUUGUCUGGAUUGGUAUACUAUACUAUGUUGGUUUCUCAUAUGAUAACAGCUUACUUAUUCGUACUAUCUCACGUUCUAUACCGGGUUUAUUACGUUUUUGUGUUUGUGCAUUAAUAUUAUUUUUUGCAUUCAGUUUAUGCGGUUGGGUUGUAUUAGGACCGUAUAAUUUAAAAUUUCGUACAUUUAUGUCUACAGUUGAAUGUUUAUAUAGUUUAAUUAAUGGUGAUGAUAUGUUUGUUACAUUUACUAUUAUUAAUCAAAAUGCUCCAAUUGGAAUUUAUUUAUUUAGUCGUUUAUUUUUAUAUUUAUUUAUUACAUUAUUUAUCUAUGUUGUAUUAAAUUUAUUUGUUACAAUUAUAUUUGAAGCAUAUGAAGAAGUAAAAGAUAUGCAAAAUACCCAUGGACGUUCAAAUAAUUCACCAUUAUGGCAUUUUGUUUGUCAACAAUAUUAUAAUCCUAAAUCAUCUAUAUUUAAAGAAGAUGAAACACGACCUGAUCGACAUUUACUUCAUGAACAUGCACUUGGUUAUAUGAUGAAAACAACGACGACAACAACAACAACAACACCAUCAAUAGCAAAAAAAUCAUCUACAUCCAAUUCACAUCAUAUUAACAGAUUACCAUCAUCAUCAUCAUUUAAUGAUGUAUGUUUAAAAUGUAAACAUUCCUUCACAAAUCAUUCACAUAUUCCACAACAACAACAACAACAACAACACUGUCAACAUCAAGAAGUUGAUAAUAAAGAAAGAUGUUAUUGUUGUCAGCAUCAUCAACAACAUAAACAAUUCAAACAAAAUCAACAAUAUUCAUCAUUACAAAAUAAUAAUUCAUUAAAUCAAUUGAAUCAUUUGAUGAAUAUAGACAAUAACUUUACUAUGACAAUAGAAAAAACAUUUGAAAAUAAUAAUUCAUAUCCGAUUGAACAAAAUAAUGACAAUAUUAUUGAACACAUUCAACAAGGAAUUGAACAAAUCAAUGAUGAUAUUCAUGUAAAUAAUGUUCGUAAUCGAAUAAUUGAAGGAGUGAACAUAAUCAUUACAGCUGAUGAAUCUGUUAAUGUAUAG